AUCACUCUUUGUGUGAUGAUGUCAAGGUCGCUGAUCCCGCAUUAUUUCUCCCUCGAAGUACAAUGGCGCAGUGGCUGGAAUCGCCAUUUCUGACAAUUGGUUUUUCACAUUACAUCAUAACAUUUUGUGUAUGCAUAAUUGUUUUUGUAGUUGUGAUGAAAAUUGCAAGAACUUUUCAAGAUAAUAGACGCUUCGCUGAAUUGCACAGGAACAACUCGACGGCGUCUGGUCUUUGUGAAUACUCAGAGUGUGUUCGUUGCAGACGACACGAUGAAGUGUUAUUGAGAGCACGGACAAGGCUGAGUUACUGUGACGACCAAGAUGGUAGUAGUGAAAUUCAGAAAAGUUCAGCAUGGCUGUCUCUUUUGAAGGACAUAGAAACCUCAAAAUGCAAACUUACGUCUGUUGUAAAUUCCGCGAAAGAAGGAGGAGAACACGAACACGCGCAGAAUCCUCUGGUGCUGCAAAUCAAGGGACUCCAGGCAAAGCCAGAAUGGAACGUGGAAGAUUUUCCUGGCCUGCACAUGCUUUCAGAACAGUUUUACACGAUCAAAAGCGAAUUUUGUAACAUGUUUCAGGAACUUGCAUCCAACGGCUUUUGUAGCCAGUUAUGGAAAGUUAAUGACACUCCAAGUGGCAGAUGGAUGAUUUGUCAUUUGUUAGAUCAAGGCCGCGCUACAGAUGCUGUGAGCUGUUGUCCAGUAACAUGGAAAACUAUCACAAGCUUGCCAUCAGCAGUUACAGGAAAUCUGUUCGGCAAUGCUGCAUUUUCAGUUAUGGAGCCAGGCACUACAGUUUCUCCACACUUUGGCCCAACUAACAUUCGGAUCCGCUGUCAUCUUGGUCUGCAAGUUCCAUCUUUGUGUGAAUUGCAAGUUGGUGUGAACACGCUUCAUUGGCAAGAAGGUGGAUUGCUCUGUUUUGAUGAGACCUUUCUCCAUUCUGUUGAGUGUGGAGUGGACAGAUCAAACCACUUUAAACAGAAAAAAGUCUCUGGUUUUGAUCAGCAAAAUGAUGUCACACACCAUCGAGCAGUUCUUAUUGUAGACUUAUGGCAUCCAGACCUUACAGAGGAGCAAAAGAGUAUUAUUGACUUUGCUUUCAGUCCCUAUAAUUAAACAUUAGGGUACAAAUGUGGUACAAGAUUGUGGUUCCCUAAAUGUAAGUGAAUAGCGCUUCCUCUCCCUAUCUUUCCAUUCUCAAGAUAUAAACCCAGAAGUAUCACUGGGCACAGUGAUCAGAAACAUCAGGAAUCAUGUCAUGUCAAUAACCAUUAGAUGAGAGACCAUGUGUUAACAAAGCUUAUCGGUGGACAAUCAGCACAUCACAUUGUUAAUCACCAUUUUUGUGUGAUGUUUUGGUUCAACCAUCAAAUGAGGGAAACACUAUUUUGUAUGGAAAUUACCCCAGUAAUUUCAUAAAAUGUUUUGCUUAAAAGCAUUUAUAUUCUUAUGAGAGUGGUUACUAAGCAGGCAUUUAAUUCUUGAUAUUGUAAUCUAAGAUAUUUACAGAUAUCUAUGUGCAAUUUGUGUCGUGUGAUUAUGUUUGAUGUUUUAGUUAUUUUAGGAACUUGGUACUUGUUUGAUAUAUAUGUAUAUGUUAUAACUAUAUUAAUAGAGACCUUAAAAGCCACAGUAGACUAAGGUUUUAUGUAAUGUACACUUUGGUGGCGACCCUGGAUUAGAAUGUUUUAAUCAUGGCAUUCAUAUAUUGGAGCUGUUUAUCCUUCAAAGAUGGCAUAUUUUGCAAAUUCAAAAUUAAAGAGAACUAUAAUAGUAAAACUAUUGUAAAAAUGUACUUUUAAAUAAAAAUCUCUGCACGAAAAGGCAGCUCUAAAUUUAAAUCAUUUUUAUUGCAUCCAAUUUUUAAAAUGUCAACACUAUCUGAGAGAAAAAUAUUUCGACACAUAACUGUACUUUAUGCCUAAGUAGUGAUUUAGCUCAUCACUGUUUAUAGCAUUAGUUUUGAGAUGACCAUAUUUUUAAUUUCUGUAAAAUGAAAUCCCAGCAAACUUGCUUCACUCUGAAACUGUCAUGAUUGUAUUAAGGUUUCAGAAAUCAUUGAGGAAGAAGAUAAUAGUUUGAAUACCAAUAUCAAUACCUGGAUGGAGUUUAUAAAAAAAAUUAAUUUAACAAAAAAAACGUGGUCAUUAUGAUGAUAGAUGUAACUCUUUACAAUUAUUGGUUUCUUCCUAAGUUUUUAAGGAAAUCUGGUUGACUGUGUUUAAUCUUUCAUAUCCAAAAAAUUAUUUUACCUCAAGAUUUUUUUCCUUUUAAAUUAUACAUUCAAGAAUCAUAUUUUUUUUCUAGCCUUUAGACUUGUAAGGGUGUGGAAGAUACAGGCUUGUCCUAGACACAGGAUUUUAUGGCAAGAUUUGGUUCAUUUAUAUAUUUUAAUCUACCCUUUCUUUAAACCUGUCGGGGUUGAAGGUACAAACCAGUUUGUCUCCAUAGUUACAACACAUUGUCUCCAUAGUUACAACACAUUGUCUCCAUAGUUACAACCAGACCCUACUACAGAUAUUGCUUUGUUACUUUACCUCAGGGAAUCUUUGCCACUGCUUUAUAAUUACCAUCCCAGGAGUAAACCAACAUCCACAUUGGAUGCUGCUUUAUGACUAUGCAGACAAGAUGAUGACCCUUGCUCUAUAGGUGCAGCCUCAGGCUGUGAUGAUGUGGCUAUAGAUAUACUAGUCCUGAUCCCCAGCUGCUCAUCUAAUUUGCUCAUCUUUACUGAGGUUAUGCUUCCUUCACUCCCUAGUGUUAAAAUAAAUGGAAAAUGUCAUGUUUUUCUUUGAGGUUCUCUUUUGAAUAAAAAAGGCGACUUGAUUAACAAUUUAAUAGUCAUGUCAUCCUAAUCAAAGAACACAAUAGCUGAACUAUCGAAUCAAAUUAAAUUAGACUUUAUUGUCUGUCAAGGAGACACAAGACAGAAAUUUUUCUUUAGCUCACAACGGCAGGCAUACAUAUACAGACAUUUAACACACACAGUUAGGAGUAAAGAUACAUUAUCAUGGCAGUUUGGAUCUCUGUGAAAUGGUCAAUGAAAUUUUAAUGCUUUAUAUUUCUUGUAUAUAUUUUUUAAAAAAUACUAUAAUAAAAUAUAUAAUAAAAUACUAUAAUAGUAAACUUAUGAAAGUCUUCUGGUAAAAAAGAAUUCAGUGGCUGUUCAUGCACAUCUUUCUUGAUUUUGAAGAAUUCUGACCAUAUUUUGUGUUGGGUUGGUUAAUAAAGCAUAAGCCAUUGAAGUUUUAAUGUAUAUAUAUAUAAGCAGUUCAAAGUUUAGGUGAUACAAUUCUGGUGCUGAAACAAUUUUCAGUUUCAAAUAUACCGUCUGGGUAUGUUCGACAGUCGGUGACAUCUGAAAAUUUCAAUCUUUCACAGAUCACCAUGUAUAUUUAAUGUUUGGUAAAUGUUUUGGUUUUCCAUGCCUAAAACAAAGCUUGUUUCAUUGGUAUCCUGUUACAUUGCAUCUGUAUGUAUGAACAGUUCCACAUACCGCAUUUUCUUAAUCCUUGGAUUGAGUUUGUGAAAGGGGACUCAGUAGUCUGGGGCCCAAUGUGUUAAAUAUAGGAGAUUUUGGCAACAUCUACAUUGUACUAGACAUGAUGAAUUUAUUAAAGUUAAUCAUUUUAACAGCCACGAUCUACAGGCUCCCAUAGCUUUGAUGUGUUAAACUUAUUAAUAAUUUGGGUACUUUUUGAUAGAAUUUAUGUUCCUUUUGCAUUUUCAUAUUCUUAGAAAGGCUCAACUUAAGAGCCAUUUUAACAGAGCUUCAUUAAAACCCUAAAUGCUUUUCUGUUAUAGUCAACUGGCAUACCUCAAGGCCAUUUAACGUCUGCAAGUGCAACAGAAUAUUUUUGCACUUUUGUAGCUUUCACCUUUCUCAUCAAUUUCAAGACAACCAUUUGGCAGAUAUUUUCCAGUGGGACUGUCUUGCAACUACAAAUAAAUUUGUACAAUGUCAUCUAAUGUUAUUUUACAUUUAGCAUGUGUUGAUUAUACACUUAAAGCACUUUUCUUUGUUAGCAUCUCAUUAACAUCCACAUUACCUACUUCCCACAAGACCCACGCCAGUUUGCAUUUAUGCUGCAGUUUUCACUCCCGAAAUCUUUUUUUUUGCAUCCCAACAUCAUUUGUGACAUGCAGCUUAGACACUGACAUUGUUAAGCUUUGUCAUCCAUGUUGUGAUUUGCAUUUGUCAUUAACAAUGAUCUGCUUGUUUUCUGCAUCCAUGUCAACGAUGAACAAAUUUGUUUUUUGCAGCAGUUGGUGAAAUGUAUCAAGCUUAUUACAGCACUUAUUACAAUUUGA